GCCGCCGCUGGGCCCCGCGGCCGGCGGGACUUCCGUGUUGGCGGGAUUCUGAACGCUGCCAUGGCUCAGACCGUGCAGAACGUUACACUGUCCCUCACCCUGCCCAUCACGUGCCACAUUUGCCUGGGGAAGGUACGCCAGCCUGUCAUAUGCAUCAACAAUCAUGUGUUUUGUUCAAUUUGUAUCGAUUUGUGGUUGAAGAAUAAUAGCCAGUGUCCAGCUUGCAGAGUCCCCAUCACUCCUGAAAAUCCUUGCAAAGAGAUUAUCGGAGGGACAAGUGAAAGUGAACCUAUGCUAAGCCAUACAGUCCGGAAGCACCUUCGGAAAACUAGACUUGAGUUACUCCACAAAGAAUAUGAGGAUGAAAUAGAUUGUCUGCAGAAAGAGGUAGAAGAGCUUAAGAAUAAAAAUCUCAGCUUGGAGUCACAGAUCAAGACUAUUCUAGAUCCUUUAACCUUGAUGCAGGGCAAUCAAAAUGAAGACAAACAUCCAGUUGAAGAUAAUUCAAGUAAAGUUGACCCAGAAACUGUAGCAGAGUGGAAGAAAAAGCUUAGAACAGCUAAUGAAAUCUAUGAAAAAGUGAAAGAUGAUGUGGAUAAGUUAAAGGAGGCAAAUAAAAAACUAAAAUUGGAAAAUGGUGGCCUAGUGAGGGAGAAUUUACGGCUGAAGGCUGAAGUUGAUAACAGAUCACCACAGAAGUUUGGAAGGUUUACAGUGGCUGCUCUUCAGUCCAAAGUAGAACAGUAUGAACGUGAAACCAAUCGCCUCAAGAAAGCCCUGGAACGAAGUGAUAAGUAUAUAGAGGAACUAGAAUCUCAAAUUGCACAGCUAAAAAAUUCAAGUGAAGAGAAGGAAGCUAUGAAUUCCAUUUGCCAGAGAGCACUUUCUACAGAUGGCACGGGGUGCAAAGGCAGCGAGGAGGAUAUGGCAUCCACAAAUCAAGGCGAUGGUGCCAGAAAGCAGCUUAGCUCUUCCACCCCAAGCUCCCACCUGACACAGCCUUCUAACAGUUCCGCCCGGCAGGAAAACACCAACAAAGCAGAACUAAAUUGUUCCAAGAACAAAGACUUAUAUCAAAAACAGGUGGAAAUAAUGUUAGGUGUAACUGAUGCCAGUAUGGAUACUUAUUUGGAAGGAGAAUGGGGUAAUAAACCAACUGACAGUGCACCCUUCAAAGAUGAACUUUAUGAUCUUCCAGCUCCUUGCACUCCUUUGUCCCUUAGUUGCCUUCAGCUCAGCACUCCAGAGAAUAGAGAGAGCCCUAUGGCCAAAGUGGGAAGUUCCAAAAAGCACUCAAACCAUCUCAGAAAAUUGGUGUUUGAUGAUUUUUGUGAUUCUACAAAUGUUUGUAAUAAAGAUUCAGAAGAUGAUAAAAAUGAAAGUGAAAAGAAAUCAGAACAUUUUACUUCCCCAAAGACUGGGUUUUGGGAUUGUUGUUCCACAAGCUAUGCCCAAAGCUUGGAUUUUGAAAACGCAGAGGACAACACGAUAGCAAAUUCUGUCGGACACAUUUCUUCAAAACUGAGUGAGAAAUCGGCCUCAUGUUUAUCUAAGAGGCUGAAUUCUAUUCGCUCUUCUGAAAUGAAUCGGACAAGAACAUCCAGCGAAGCCUCAAUGGACGCAGCUUACCUUGACAAAAUCUCUGAGCUGGACUCAAUGAUGUCUGAGUCGGACAACAGUAAGAGCCCUUGUAAUAACGGUUUUAAGUCAGUGGAUUUGGAAGGGUUAUCAAAGUCAUCUCAAGGCAGUGAAUUUCUUGAGGAACCAGAUAAAUUGGAAGAAAGAACUAAGCCAAACCUUUCCAAAGGUUCUCUAACUUCUGAUCAGUUAGAAAAUGGAAAUGAAUGGAAAUCGUCUUCUUUUUUCCUCCUCUCUCCAUCUGACCAAGAAAUGAGUGAAGAAUUUUCGGUCCAUCCCAGUUCUAACUCAGGAACUAAUGAACUCAAACCCCCAAGCUGCUUAUUUCAAAAUGAGUUUUCCCAGGAUGUUUUGUUAAGCAGUUCACAUAGGCUGUUUGAAGAUCAAAGGUUCGGGUCAUCUUUGUUUAAGAUGUCCUCAGAGAUGCAUGGUCUUCCUAACCACCUUCAGUCUCCUUGGUCUACUUCUUUUGUGCCUGAAAAGAAGAAUAAAAAUGCGAAUCAGUCAACAAAAAGAAAAAUCCAGAGCAGCCUUUCCAAUGCUAGCCCAUCAAAAGCAACUAAAAGUUGACCCAUUAGGAGGGUGCCAUUUAUGUUUUUGUCCAGAGAGGAAUACAAGUUUUUAAAGUUAUCUUUUUCCCCCUCAUAAAAGUUCUGUACAAUUUUGAAUUGGUAAUCUUUAGUCAACUAUCAAGUCAGAAUGGUAGAUUAGCUUAUACCAGAAUACUUUUGUUCAUUUUGAAGAGUUUCUUCAUUUUCAGAUGGGAAUAUUUUUUACCAGAAGGUAGGCAGGUUUCUUUUAAAUGAAUAUUAUUUGUAUCUGAUUUGGGUAUAGUUUGUUUUGAAUCUUGAUUUAACUAUUAGAUACAAUGGCCUAUUAAUGAGCCUCAGUUAUCUUCAGAACUAGGAUUUUUUAAAAUAAAACUAUGUUGUCUACACACUGCUCAUGACACUUGAGUUUCUUUAAAAGAUUUUCCGAGGGUGGACAUUAUUUUGCCCCCUUUUAUUUAUGUCUAGUAGUGGCCUUUUAUGCAAGGCCAUCAUGGAUUAACAGCACUCUAACCUUAGACCAAUAUUAAAUUCUUUUUUUUUUUUAGAUUUUGUGUGUAUGUGUUUUUAAUAUUGUGUUUUGUUCAGUUUUUGUAAAAACAUUUUGCUAGUAUGAAAGGAUACAUUUCUAUAUGAAAAUAUUUGUUUUAUGUCGGAUAACUUUCUUUUCAUCUUUUUGUGUGUAGUGAAAAAUAAAAAAAUUGAGCCUACUUUGGAAAGAAGGCAUGGAACAGUUGGGUUUGGAGGAGCCUAAACAUGGUAGCCUCAUUGUUCCAGAUAGACAGGUGCAAAAACACUCACAAGUUCUGGAUCCACUCGUGCGGAUCUGCCAGGGAAGCUUUUUUGGAAUGAUCAAGUUGUUGUUUGCAUGUUACUGUUCUUUGUAAAAACUCUAUGCAUGGUAGCAUUCUUGCUUGCACUGUUUUUAAGAAAAAGGUGUUUCGGUUGGCUAAUGGAAUAUCUUCUAAGUAGGACAAUAUUUUUUUUAAUGAAGAGUGUUAGGGUAUGAAUAGGUGAGCUAAAGCACAAUUUAUAAUUUAGGAUCUGAAAAAGUUUGCUCUCAACAUGUAUGGUAUAGCUAUAUAGGCUUUUAAAAAUGGUUUAAUAUGCUAGUGACUUGCUUAGCUAAAGUGCACUGAACAUUUAAAUUGAUAUACUAUUUUAUGUUUAUACUGCAUGCUUUUCUAUGUGAAUUGAAUAAAGGUUGCCAUCGCAUUGUAAUCCUUAAUAUUGUCUCAGAUUUUGAAUUAGCCUGUAAAGAUCAGGAAAACUUAUCAUUUUUAAUGGCUUUUACAAUAUAAGGGUUGAAAAACUAUGACCUGUGGACCAAAUCUGGCCUUCAUCUGUUUUUGUGAAAGGCCUAUGAACUAAAACGAGUUUUUAUAUUUUUUAAUGUUUUUUUUUUAAUGCAAGGAAUAUUCCAUAACACAGGAAAGAAAUAAGUAAUUCGAAUUCCAGUGUUUCUGUAUAAAGUCUUAUUAGAACAAAGCUGCUUACUUGUGUACAUAUUGUCUAUGGCUGCUUUUGCACUGCAGUGGCAGAGUGGAGUAGUUGCAACAGAGACCAUAUGUCUCACAAAGUCUAAAAUACAGAAAAACUUGCCGACCACUGUCAUUAAGACUCAGGAUUCAACAAAACCAUAAAAGUAAAACAAAUCACUUUUAUGACUUGGAGAAUCAUGCCCUCCAUUUUUAGAGGUAAUAAGCCAAAAUAAAAAUGUUAAAGAGCUAAUAUAAAGCAUUUUUUAAUUUUGUCAUACAUAUUUCCCCAAAAAGUAUUUAUGUAUCAUUUUGUCUUUCUGAUAUGUUAAAAUCUAAUGGAUAAUUUCAGAGAUAUUAGCAGUGUAAGUACCUUUGACAAUGUGGUUAUUCAUUUGAAAUUUUAUUAAAUGUAGAAAUCUAAAUGUUUUCUGAAUAGAAUAAAUUUGGGGGUAAGCCUCUUAUUCUGUAUGUAACUUUUCUGUGUCAUGAAUGUAUCAGUUUUCAAUCCAAAUAUAUACUGACACUGUGCAAUGGAA